AUGGCACCCUGAACACCAGGAGGCGAAUCAUCACGAGACAAAGAGAGAGAGAGGUUGACUCAGCACGUCGCUCGUCGACACUUUCGCAACACGAACCGGGCGCCACGUCGUCGCAGGGGCAGAGCCACAGCCGUCACCGCUACCCGGCUCCCGCCAUGGCGCCGAGGCUGGAGCGCGGGGGGUUCCUCCUCCCGAACGCCGAGCAGGAGGACUCGCUCAUCCUCCGCGCGCUCAUCUCCGUCGUGUCCGGGGACAAUGCCGUGCCCGCGCUGCUCCCGGAGGCGGCGCCGGCGGCGGUGGCUGCUGCGGCUCCCGCUCCUGCCGUGGCGUGCGCCGGGUGCGGCGCGGACGGGCCGUGCGCCGGCGGCUGCGAGACCAUCGCCGCGGCGGGGACCGGGUCGAGCAGCGACAGCGAGGACGACGCGGGAGAGUGCUCCGCGAGCCGCGCGGCGGUCACCGGAGGCGUGGGCAAGCGGGGGAGGAGGAGGAGGGUGAGCAAGUACCGUGGCGUGCGGCGGCGGCCGUGGGGCAAGUGGGCGGCGGAGAUCCGCGACCCGCACCGCGCCGCGCGCAAGUGGCUCGGCACCUUCGACACCGCCGAGGACGCCGCGCGCGCCUACGACGUCGCCGCGGUCGAGUUCCGGGGCCAGCGCGCCAAGCUCAACUUCCCCGCCGCCCAAGCUGCGGCUGCUGCUGCCGCGGCCCCGGCGCCGGCACCUUCCUGGGUGCCGGCCUCGACGUACCACCUCCUGCCGCCGCAGCCGCUGCCCGAGAGCCUCCACGAGAACUGCGGGUCGAACGCGGCGUCGCCGGCGCCGGCGCCGGCCUGGCAGCAGGGCACAAGGUCCGCGGCGAAGGAGCAGGACAUCUGGGACGGGUUGAACGAGAUCGUGAUGAUGGACGACGGCAGCUUCUGGUCGUCCAUGCCAUGAGCCAGCAGCAUCGUCAUUCGUCAAUUCUUCCUCUUGCUUUCGCUCUCGCGAGAUUCCUUGAUUUCCCAUUUGGUUGUGAUUAUUAAAAAACGAGUUGAAGAAGAAACAAACACUAGCAGCUAGAUCCUACUGCACCUUUCGCGAGAUCUUUUGCCAUGGAUGCGUAGGUAAAGUGAGGCCGAUCUUUACAGGUUUUUGCAAAAAAGCCGUAAACGCAUUAAAGUGAAACGGAAUCUUGCUAAUUUGAAGUACUAAA